UAUAUCUUCGAAAGUAACAGACAACCCCAUGGAGUUCUCAGUGCUUUGCAACCGCCCUUGCCCCAUAGCCAAUAUAGCACUUCUCAUUCAUCAACCUGUGAAUGCUGCAAGACUUACCAAAACCCGUUUGGGCUUUCCCCCUUCGUCUCUUUCAUUCCCCAAGGGUUCCGUGGGCCGCACAGUUCAACACAUCCCUAGUCCUAUAACUUGUACACUUGAUGAGCUUUCAUUCCCUACAAGGAAAAAUGAAGGUGGGAACAACAAUUCAAGAAGCAUGGUAGGAGCAUCCUUGGCUUUGGCUUGUGCUCUUGGCAUCAUUAGUUGCAGUGGUAUGAUGUACCAUAAAGCUUUUGCAUCUUCUUCAACGACCAUGGAAAUGGCUGCAAGGACUAACAUUGAGGUGAAAACCGCAAUGGAUCUAUUAAUGCCCUCUAGAGGAGCUGAUGAAGCUGAGAAAUACCUGAAGAAGAAAAUUAAGGCACACAAUGAGGAUAAUGAAGCUUGUUACUAUACAAGAGUGGCACUAGCAGAAGUUCUCAUGCAUAGAGGAAAGUACAAAGAAGCAGCGCAGCAAUGUCAAAUACUCGAGCAGAAUCCCAACUAUCACUAUCUAGUGAAGAAAGAUAAAAAGUUUCACCUUAUGCAGAUGUUUAUAUAUGGCAUGUUGAAUGAGAACAAGAAAGUAAAGCAGUAUUGGAAGAACUUCAAGCAGGCCUACAAAACUGGAGUUCCUCUGUGAAGAAAUGGUCUGUCCCAUUAUGGAACCUGAAGAAGCAAAUCGCUUUUAAGUCUGAAAAAUAAAUGAAACUUUAAUUUUAUCAUAGUUUAUUGAUUAUAUGAUCAACCAUGUUAUGAUCUUAUCGAGGGUUUCAUAUUUUUUGUAUGGAAAA